UGUAAAAAUACAGCUGUGUAAAACAAGUAUAUAACAUUUAGGGUUUUAUUUGUAUUGGUUUUGUUUUUUAAGAAGUGUGCUGUUUACAAUGUCCUUCACAUAUUCUAUAGCAGUAUGUUUUGUUUUUGUAGUCACAGUUUUAUAUAUUUUAAACAUUUUGAGUAAUCACAAAAAACGUGCAUUGGUUAAUUUUCCUCCUGGACCCAAAUGCCUGCCACUGAUUGGAAAUUUGCACAUCUUAGAUUUAAACAAACCUCAUUUAACCUUUUUGAAGCUUUCCAGGAUAUAUGGGCCAGUGUUUAGCAUCCAAAUGGGUAUGCAGAGAAUGGUUGUCUUGUCUGGCUAUGAAACUGUCAAAGAUGCCCUUGUAAACCAUGCCGAUGAAUUUGGAGAAAGGGGGAGAAUCCCAAUUUUUCAGGAUAUGGAUCAUGGGAUGGGACUUACCUUAUCUAAUGGUGACAACUGGAAGAUAAUGAGAAGAUUCACUAUAACAACAUUACGUGAUUUUGGAAUGGGCAAAGCAAGCAUUGAAGAAAACAUUAUUGAAGAAUGUCAUCAUUUAAUUCAGCAUUAUGAGUCUUUUAAAGGAAAGCCAUUUGACAACAGCUUAAUAAUGAAUGCUUCUGUUGCCAACAUUAUCGUUGCAAUAUUACUUGGACAUCGUAUGAGUUACAAAGAUCCAGUAUUUCUGCGGCUUCUCAAGUUAACAAAUGAAAAUGUUAGACUUCUGGGAUCACCAAUGGUUUCGAUCUAUAACAUGUUCCCAGUUCUCGGAUUUUUGCCUGGUAGCCACAAAACUAUCAUUAAGAAUGUAAAAGAACUGUGUGAUUUCAUAAGAACCACAUUUGUAAAUCAUCUGAAGGUCCUAGAUGUAAAUGAUCAGAGGAGUUUCAUUGAUGCAUUUCUUGUCCGCCAAAAAGAGAAUGAGGAAGAUUCUGAUUCAUAUUUCCAUAAUGAGAAUCUAACCAGACUUGUAAGAAGUCUGUUUGCUGCAGGCAUGGAUACAACAUCUACAACCCUUCGCUGGGCUCUUCUUCUGAUGGUAAAAUACAGAGAUAUUCAAGAAAAGGUCCAAGAAGAGAUUGCUAGAGUAGUUGGAGCAGCUCAACCUCAUUACAGUCACCGUAGGGAAAUGCCAUUUACAUAUGCUGUUAUACAUGAGGUCCAGAGAUUUGCUGACAUUCUACCAACCGGUGUGCUACACGAGACUGCUAAAGAUGUGAACUUCAGAGGUUAUUUUAUUCCUAAAGGGACUUAUGUUAUUCCUUUGUUAACAUCUGUCCUGAAAGACAAGACACAGUUUAAAAACCCAGAAACCUUUGAUCCUAAUCAUUUUCUUGAUUCUGAGGGAAAUUUCAUAACGAAAGAAGCGUUUCUGCCUUUUUCUGCAGGUCGCAGAGCUUGUGCCGGGGAGACUCUAGCAAGGAUGGAACUUUUUAUCUUUUUCGCAACAUUGCUACAAAAAUUUACAUUUAAUUUGCCUCCUGGCUUGUCUGAUGUUGAUUUAUCUUCAGCUGUUGGCUUUACCCUUACACCAUUACAAAAAAAUAUCUGUGCAAUACCAAGAUUUUAAAGGCCCUGUUGCACUCAGAUUAUACAUCAAAGCUUUCAAUGAUAGCGUUUAGGCAAAUCUUUAUGUAAGGAAACAUGAAUAUUAGUUUUAAUGUUCCUGUAAUUAUUUGUUCCACUUCAAGAAAAAAUCAUUAUCCAUUUUGUAGAGAAGGUUCAAUCAAUGUUUUAGUAAAUCUGUUAUGUUUCCUGGUCUAUAUCUUCACUUUUCAAUAAUUGCUCUUUGUAAAGGACUUCUACAAUGGUUUGCAUUUUUAAUUUGGAUUUGCUGGAACUUAACAGUUGCAUUGUUGGAAGACUAAACAUUUGAUAUGAACAACAAAGUGGCUAAAACUUUUAACACUUCUUUAAAUUGCUUGGAAAAAAACACCACAAUAAUAAAAUAUUAUUUGAAAAAAUAAACUUAAAGAUUAGAUUUA